ACAUGAGAUUGCUGAGUUUAUUUUCAGUUUAAAAUCUGUUGGUUUCUUAUUCGGGUAUGUCCCGCCAUGUGACUGCCUGUAUUGCGGAUGAUUAUACAAAUACGUUAUUUCAUUUCCUGUAUAUGGUGGGGUUGAAAGGUGUUUGGUACCGCCUCUGAUGUUUGAUUAUGCCCUUGUUGCUAGGCCAGUUAAUUAGGAGCUCACAAUACAUAGGCAGCCCACCACUGGAGCUCGACACGUAAUGGCUGGAGAUGUUCCUGAAGUAGCCCCAACAAGCCGUAUUGCUGCCGUCUUUCUACACACGUGAAUAAAGCAGGAGGAAUCUGUUGUUACAUCGCUGCUUUUCCUUCCCUAUAUGAUUGCUUCACACUAUUGAGAGGAGAGGGCAGAGGCAAGGAGGAGGAGGAAGAAGAAGAAGCAGAGGGUUUUGCUACGACUACGAUGGAAGAGGAGAAGGCCUUUCCCAUUGACUCGUCAGGUUUCGAGUUCUUCAUCAUCAUGCUCUCCAAGUCCUUGAAGAAACUGAGGCUGCCGGACAAGUUCGCCAAGGUGCUCGCCGGACGUGAGCCCCGGGAAGUGAAGCUGCGGGAGGCCGGCAGCGGGCGCCGCAGCCUGUGGGACGUGAAGGUGGUGCUGGACGCCGACGGCCACAUGUACCUAGGGCGCGGCUGGGAGCAGUUCGCCCGCGCGCACGACCUGCGGCUCGGCUACUUCCUCGUGUUCAGCUUCGACGGCGACGCCGUGCUCACCGUCAAGGUGUUCGACAUGAGCAUGUGCCGCAGGCACUACCAGCGCGACGACGAUGCCAGCAGCGGGAGCAGCAGCGACAGCAGCAGCUCGGCGGAGACGGAGGUCGACGACGCUCCGACGUCGCAGUUCACGAUCAGGCUGAGCGGCUGCAACUUCCUCGAGAAGCAGCAGCAGUAUCUGAACGUGCCGCUGGAGUUCCAUGAGGCGCACGGGUACGCGCAGAGGAGCAAGGUGCUGCUGCGGAUGAGCGGCAAGUCGUGGCCCGUGACCCUGAAGCACACCGCCUUCAGGUACGGGUGGCACCAGUUCCUGGUGGACAACCGCCUCACCGUCGGCGACACCUGCUUCUUCCGUGCGCUCCGCGGGAGCGACGGCGAGGACCACGAGCUCAAGGUGCAGGUCCGCAAGCUGGACGGCUCCUUCGUGGAGUGAUCGGUGCGGGCGAUCAAGUGUAUCAGCCGUACGGCGUUGGCGUGCUCAUCACCGGCAUGCAUGGCACAACGAUGAGGAGAAUGGAGUUGUUUACUUUUUCCAGUAGUUGUUUGAAGCUUUCGG